AACUUCAGUAUGAGUCGCGAUUUUGUACGUAUACACAGUUCCUCGAUGUUUUGAUCCGAUGUGGUGGUGUUAACAACACCUUGCUUAUUUAAAGGAUUUAUCAUCAAUGUACAAUGCGGCUCUUCAUCAUAUCUUUUUUGGUAGUAACCAGCAUUCGUCUAAUACAAGCCGAAGAAGGUGCUCAAUAUCUUCAAAAUGCCAUAAGAGAUCUACGAUAUAUGAAAGGUAGACAAACCUUGAAAAGGGUAGACACACAAGUAGUGCAAGAAUUAGUACCAGAAAACGAACCCACAGCGCCGCCUCCGACGAAAAUAGCUGAAAGAAGAAUCCAGAAUAACAAGAGCGUGCCGCCUUUAUCGUUAACUAAAGGCGAGUUAGCGGCCCUGUAUGAAGCAGCUGUGUCUAAAGGCGACACCGUCAAGUUAGAUGCCGGUGACAACACGUAUAUUCAUGCGGCAGUUCACGAACUAGACGAGUCUCCAGCUGCAAGUUACAACCAUGAGCAUAAAACACCUCCAUCGAGUACCAGUAGCGGCGAUGACGUCUCCGGUUAUUACUACUAUUAUUACCCCGUUAAAAGUUUUUUAGACGAAAUGACGUCCCAGUCAUCUUCCCAUGAAUACUAUUACAGUAAACCAAGUCCUCAUGACACUAAACGCACCACCACAGAAAAACCUCAUUUCCAAUAUCAUUCUCACACGCAUCAGCACAACGUUAAAAUAACGUCGACGAAAGAAGUGGCACCAGAAAAGAAAGACAAAAAAGCAUUAGAACCGUUAUUUAUGGCGAUUUCCGGAUUUAUUGGUAUGGCUGUGAUGUUCGUGCUAUCGGUACUGGUUUUUCCCAAGUUUGGCAUCAAGAAACCCAAAGGCGCUAUUAAGGCGGGAGCUAAUAAAAAAAACGAACGCAUCACUGAUAUCGCCAGAGUUGCUUUACAAGCGAUAGAGGGAAAGGACUGCGCCGAGAGAUUUGCUUGCGAAUUGGAGAAAACAGCACGAGCUUUCAAUAUACAAGAUAACAGAUUCGUAAAAUUGCUCAAACGAAUGGCGCCCAUUUCCUUUGGGAAGCAGAUGGAUAAAGUAGGGAAAUACAGCAACAAAAGACUUAGGUGUACGGCUAUACCAUGCAAAAAAAAGAAUCCCCCGAAAAAGAAAGCAAACACGCCCCCCCAAAAGAAACCCUGAUUGCCACCAAAGUUUUAAGUUUAGGAAAUAACUUAUUUAUUUUUUAUUUAUUUGUACAUUUUAAUUGUUAAAAAAAAACGACAAUAUACGCAUGAAAUUAUA